AUGCUCAUCACGGAGGACGCCAUGGUCAAGGAGUACGCGCAGCGGUACAAAUUCUGCAAGAAGCAGAAACCAGAAUCUGCAAAAUUCAUCUGUUCCACAGACGAAGUCCUGUGCCACCGGGGCGAUAUGCCCACCUGCAUGUCGCGGAAAUACUACAGAAUCGACCCGAUGCGGUUUCUGAGGGAUUAUCCGCUGUGCUUGGACGACGUUUGGGGUACCUGCGAUCCGGUGACCCAAACGUAUUGCCGCCUCGACCAGGUUCCAACCUGCCAGAAUCGCAGCGAAUAUCUGCCGGCCGACGCGGAAGCCGCAUGGAUUUGCCUAACCACCUGUCCUCUUGAGACGCACGUCAAAUGUGCGCGGACGCCGGAGAGCUUCCCGACGUGUGAGCCGGCCGCCUUCUAUUCGUUGAUGGGCGUCUGGCCAACCAGUGGUCUUCCCCGUUGCAGCCCUGUAUUGAGCGGUGGAUGCGUGCAGAGCGGCGCAUGGUGCACCGACAGCCAACCGGACCCCGAUGGCGGCAGGGAUGAGCUGCGCGAAUUCCAAUGCCUGCCGGACGAUGUGAACGCGAUCGGCGACGAGCGGGGCCUCUGUCAGAAAGCCAAGACGACGUUGCUCGACAUGCGGAAUCACAAGGGAGGAAUCUUUUCAUACGGGAGCACCGAAUCAAAACUGGCGGACGGCGACGGUCUUUACAUUGCCGGCCAACCGCUCUUUAUUAGUUGUCAGCUGCCCGGAACCACAGCCAGCGACCUGGUGCGCCCGGUGUUUUUCCGGGACGGCGUCAGAACGGAAUACCUGGGUACCGACGGGAGGCCGCUCACCACCGAUCGGGUCAACUUCGACCCCAACGAACUGAUUCAGCUGUCGUUCAGCGCCUUGAGAGUGCGUGACUCGACGUCGUUCACGUGCCGUUGGGAGACGUGGGUCGAGCUGGAAGAUACCGACGGGAAACGGCGCGUGCUCAAAACCUGGUCCGCCCUCUCCAACCGCGUCACCAUCACUGUAUACGAACCGACCGACUACUGCCAAUUCGCGCCUCGAAGGGAUGAAGAGAAUUUCUGUCUCUAUUGCGAGCCCAACACCGUCCCCUGCCACGAGUUCAUCGAGGAACCCUGGCUGGCAGACAAGCUGAAGCUGAUGGCCGAAUCUACCCCCGUGCCCAACACACCCAAGGAUGCCAAUGGAAAAUCCCUGUCGAAUGAGGAGGCCGGAGGUAACGUCACCGGUCCGGAGAAACGCCACGAGGGUUGCUACGCGGCCUGGGAGUUCAUGCAGCUGCCCACCACCGACCUCGACCAGCUGAGGCCGAGGAUUUGCCGUCGAAGGUGCCCCUCGCUGGGAGAGUUGACCUGCCACCGCAUCCAGGGCUUUCCUGACGCCCCACCCGGAUGUCGUUCCGCCGACGAAUUCGCCUACGCCACCGGACGGGACCCGCUCAUCAGCGACACCGACGUCCUCUGCGUUGCACUGGGUGGCAACGAUUCUUCGGCGGUCUUUCCAUUCAGCCACGUCGUCGUGCUCAUCCUCUCUCUCCUCUACACGCUCAACCCGACGGCC